GGUAAAGUGCUCACACGGUUUUCCUGAAAACCAGAGGGCAGAAUUGCUUGUUCUACUUUUCAGUCUUGUUUUAUCCAUGGGCUGCACUUCCAGCCAAGCAAUUAUCGAGAAAUCGGCAUCCAAGAAUCGGCAUCAUGACAGAGAAACCCCAAACCAGGCUAGAGAGAAAAUAUUUCUUGGCACAGAUAGCCUCGCCUCACAAGGUGAGUCAACAGCUGCAGAUGAUUCCUGUGGAAGAGGCUUGCCAGAAGAUGGAAUGAAGGGAUCCCAGUCCAUUAAAGAAGAGACCAAAAGUCAACAUAUGGGUGCUAUUAAGCUAGAAACAGAAAGACAGACAUCAUCAGACAUUUUGGAAGAACUUCGGAUGCAAGGAAUAAUCAAGACUUCAUGUCCGGCCACUAAAAACAGAACUGCAGAUGAUGCCAUGCUGGUACCUGCAGAAAGGACAAUACAAAAACCACCAGCCAAACUGGAAAAGCUAGAACUUAAACAGAAGAAAUUGCAUGCUUUAUCAAUAGAACACCCUGAAGAUAAGACAAGAGAAGAGCAACUGAAAAAGGAAUUGCUGAUUGAUAGAUCAUCACCAAUAAUUUCUCCUGAAAAGAGAGUGCAGAUAGGCAAUUCUAUAAUUACAACACCUCCCAAUAGUUUUCAAUUGCCACCCUUAAGUGUGGGAACAGAAACUUGGACAGAGAAGGAAGAACUGGAUGAAAAUAUAAACAAUGGUUUUGAGGAUUUUACAAUGGUGGAAUCAGACAUAACGUAUAAUACAAUUCAUGGGGUAUUUUAAUCACCAACAUUUGUAUGAAACAUUUUGAUCUCUAACCAAUUUAAUUUAAUACUGUUGCUACCAAUAAAGGCUACUGGACUCUGAAAUAUCGGAUAUUCUGUUUUCUGAGCUGGCCUAUGGGGUUUUCUUCUCCUUCCCUUUUUAAAUUUUAAAACAAAAAUAAAAUAACAGUUCAAGGCUGUGCCCUGGAUUUGCUUCUGCAUUAGCAAAUCUCAACCGAAGGCCCACAAAAAUGCCAUGAAAAUUAAUCUUUGCCCCAUGGAACUCUGGCUUAGCUUUUUUUAAAAAUAAUAAAAAAUAAAAAUGUUUGUGCCAUCUUAUUAAAAGGAAUGAUGCCAUCCCCCAGAUUUUAAGAUUUUUUUUUUCUUUAUAGCCCAUCUGAAAGGGGAAGGACAAUCAAGUCAUCAUCUUUGCAUUCUUCCAAUGUAACCAGUAUUACAAAUAUAUACAAAUAGCACACAUAUGAAUAUCUAUCAAUGGGACUGGUUGGUAUUCAGUUGGCAUUAUGUCCAUCGCACAAUCUUCAUUCCAGAUAGGGAAUGUAAAUCUCCCUGGCUGGUUUCUCUGUUGACCAAACAAUCAGUACGUGUCUUUUCUUUUAGUUCUUCCUUCCUCACCAGUUCCUGUGAUUUUCCUUUGCUGCUUGCAAAUAUGGAAGCUUUCAUACACCCCUUUCCAAUACUAUAUCCUUUGAAAAUAUUGCAGAUAUCCCCCUCACUCUUUUCCCUAUUUUACGGCAACAUAGUUGCUCUAAUGCUAUAAUAAUCAAAGCAACAGAGGACUAGGUUGUUCUUUCAUUCCUACUUUCCUCUGAAGAUCCAAGAAAAAUUUGUAUAAAGAAAGGAAGAACUGGUAGUUCUCUUUCAGAGAAUACAGAACUACCAGUUCUUUCUUUCUACAGGUUUUUAAAAAGGGAAGCAAGCAAGAUUAUGAAGAAUGUAGAGGACAUAACAGAUCAGGACAAAAUGGCUGUCAAGGGCAAUGACCCGUUGCCAAAUUGGAACAAAGUGCUCAAGAGUUUCCACUCUUAAGGGCUUAAGAUGUCAUUUUCAUGUCAGAAAAUAGCAGUUUUGAACUGAAGCUGGAAAAUAAAGAUAUGUGGAGCAUUUGCAAUGGGCUGGGAGUGAGAAUAAAACAAUGUCAGCUAUUCCUACACUCAGGGACAAUAACUGCCCCAUGCUGGUCAUGGGCCAGGCAGCAACUGUAGCUCUCUUUGGAGUAUCAUCAAUGUCAGGUUGCUCUGUUCAAUUUCCAUUCUCAUAUUGCACUGUCUAACAUUUUUGCCAGCCCAGACUUGAUGAUUGCAAGAUUAAAGCACAAUAAAUAGUGUCCAACAAUAUUUAAAUAUGAGUCCUUGAUCCUUGUGACCACAUACUUGAGUCCCAGCUUCUUUCCAAAAGAAUAACUAUAAAACUGAACAUAGUGACCAGCGGUUGCUGACAACUGCUUGAAUGCCUUGCCUAUACCUACAGUAGUUGAUUCUGCCAGGGACAACAACAGGAUCAAGAGAGUCACAAUCAUAUAAUCAAUACAUAUAAAAAGGACAGGUCUUUGAUCACAUAGUUGUGGCUGCUAUUAUGACUUUUCUUUUACUCCCUUGUACACCUCCCUGGAUCCUGCCCAAAAACAGUAGGUGUGUGCAGGGCUUUUUUUCUCAUAGAACGCCCAGAACAGAAUUCCGCACCUUUUUUGGAUGAAACCUUGUAGGGUAGGCAAGGCGGGUUGUAUGACGUGUGUGAGUUCUGGCACCUUUUUUUUUUUUUUUUACAAAAAAAGCACUGGAUGUGUGUAUGUCUCUGUGUAGAUCCAGUAAACUAAAACCCAGAUUGUCUAGCACUAUAUUUCUUCUUUCUGGUUAUCUGAAACUCUAAACCAGAACAGGGAAAGGCAAAGUGUGAUGGGAGGCAAAUAGAGGCAUUUUUUCAAGCUGUAAGAAUCAGAAAAUUAGAGAACAAAUCUUCUCUUACUGUCUUGGGUUGCAGAUCAAGAAAUCCAAUUAAAAUCCAGUCACUCUAUGAAUUAGUGGGCUCACUUAAAGCUUUGACAUAGUUCUAUCCACUUCUCCUCUUCCCCCCCCCCCACGCCCCUGCAUAAUAUGGAGACUAAAGCUAUCAGUUUAGCUGUCCUCUUCCCAAGAGCUGCACGUAGCCUUCAAGAGAUAGGCCAGCAUUCAAAUACCUGAAUUGAGCCACAUUCAGAAAUUUUACAGGGCCACAUAGAAAGCAGCCGGAUCCACUUUAAAGGCACAAAACAUUCAAUGCUCUCAUUGUGUGAAGUUUCAAGGUUGUACUUGUGUACAACUCUCCAAAUGACUUUGGGCUACUCCCAGCCUAGCAUAUAGGGUUGCUUGUGGGGAAUAAAACAAAGGGAGAGUCUAAGUCACUUUAAAGUCUUAGGAAAAGGCAGGAUAUAAAUGAAAAAAAUAAAUAAAGCAGUUAUGCUAUGCCUGUCACAAGACAUGUAGCAAUCACCUCUCCAGGGUAUAUGCUCUUUUUAGACAGUGCAAAUAUAGCAACCAUAUUAUACGCCACCUCGGGCACCAUGAUUGCCUCAACCCAAUUUAUCCUGCAUAAAAUACCAUAUUUAUUACUGAGUUCAUUGUGCUAGCAGAACAAAUGGUUGGAGGAUUUGCAUAUACAUUUUUCCUAGAACUUCAUUAAGUAAAACAAAAUUCAGAGGAAGAUUAUGAUGAAGUUUAUUUCUAAAAGUGAGGAUUAGUAUAUUCAGUUAAGAAUGGGAAAACAAAUCCCACAUCACUCUGAAAUUGGCUUCUAGACAGUAUUUAUCUGUCAGUAUUUAUCUAAUUACCUAGUUGGAUUGUUGCAAAGGUAAAAUAAGUUUAUUAAAAUGAUAAAAUAUUGGUAAGACACAUUAGCAAUAAAUAAAUGUUGCCUUGCUUAUUACAGGAUAUAAAUGUAACAAAUAAAUAAUUCAUUGUUUUAUGAUAUAAUAAUACUGUCACCUAUAUUUUGAGGCAUCACACAUUCUUAAAUUAUGAUUUAGCAAGUGUUGACAUAGAUCAUCUGUACCAGAUCAGUCCAACUGUUUGGAAUUCUAUUAGCUCAAUGUUGAGUAAAUAUUUUAGAAAUAAAUAUUAUUAAUCAGCAAAAUGAAAGAAUAAAAUUAAAUUAAAUUAUGAUCUUCCCAAAGUAUCAUUCAUUCAUAUACAAAUCCAUAUCCCCACACUUAUUUCAAGAACAGUAUGUUCCAUAUUUGAAUUGAAAUAAGUCCAUGCAUAAAGAAACAAUAUUCAUUCAUUCAGUGUCUCUUGGAGCAGUAUAUGUAGUGCAGAAAAAAACAACACAGUAACAUAUUAUACAGUAUUUGAAAUAUAAAGGAAAAAAACUAUGAUGAAGUAUUUGGAUAGAAACAUAAAUGAAACAGCCUAGUGGUUUUUGCACAUGCUCAAAAGUCUCUUGAAGCCAUAUAGUUCUAAAAGUUUCAUUGAAACCACGUGGGAAAAUGCCUGAGGAUUGUUUUGUUUGAGCUCCACCCACUCCCCAUUUAGUACUCUAAAAGAAGGUAUGAUUUAUUAUUUGAAUGUCAGAAUACCAUCAUUUCUUUUAAGCAUCUUGUAACCCUGUGGGCCAUCUCAUUUGU